AUGUAUCAUCUACAUAAAAGUUUCAAAGUGUUAAUAAAACCAGUUACAUCAAUUAAAGAUCUAUUUGAAAUUCUUAUUGAUUCAAAAUAUUGUUCUGAUGAUAAGAAAAAGAAAAAAUCAUCAAUAUUCUUUAACAAACCACUGAAAAUUAAAGUUACUAAUAAUCAAAACAAAUCAUUAUAUUUACAUUUUAGUGAAACACAAGAUUCCGAACAGAUUAAGUUUGAUGAUCAAGAACAAUUAAUUAAUUUAUUAAAAUAUGGUCGAAAAAGUCUCGUGAAAAUGAAGAAGAAUUCGAAUAAAUCAUUGAAAUUUAAAUAUCAAUUAUCAGAUUUGGAUUUCCAACAAUUGAUAAGAGAUUUAUUAGAUAAGAUUGAUCAACAAGAAUCAAAAUUUUUGGAAUUAAUUCAAUUAUUCAAAAACUUAGAAUUAGUUAAUGAAAAUGAAUAUAAAAAAUUAGAUGAAAAUUUUCGAAAAUUAUUACCGGAAACAAGAUUUUGGGAAAUAUCAAAAUCAGUUAAAGAAUUUCAAACAUUUUUAAAUCCUCUCAAAUCUCGAUUCAAAGAAAUCAAUAGAAAAAUUCUUCAAUUGAUAUUUCUGCGAGAGAAUAUUUAUCGACAAAAUCAUUAUUUUUAUUUAGAAGAAUUAGAAUUUUUAACGAUUUUAACGCAUCAAAAAACAAAUAUUGAUCAUAACCUAAUGAUUUAUUAUCGAUUAUCAUAUUUAUAUAAAUUAAAAGGUGAUUUACAAAUGGCAAUUCAUUAUAUUAAUUUGGCAAGUCAAAAAUAUAAUGAAAAGAUCAAUAAGAAAAUUUUUAAAAAAAAUGGAAAAGUUCUAAAUAAAUUUAUUAAAAUUGGAAAAUAUUCAAACAAAUGA